AGGUUGGAGGUGUCUUGAGUGCACUGUGUGUGAGGCCUGUGGGAAGGCAACUGACCCAGGAAGACUCCUGCUGUGUGAUGAUUGUGACAUAAGUUAUCACACCUAGUGCCUAGACCCUCCAUUGCAGACAGUUCCCAAAGGAGGCUGGAAGUGCAAAUGGUGUGUUUGGUGCAGACACUGUGGAGCAACAUCUGCAGGUCUAAGAUGUGAAUGGCAGAACAAUUACACACAGUGCGCUCCUUGUGCAAGCUUAUCUUCCUGUCCAGUCUGCUAUUGAAACUAUAGAGAAGAAGAUCUUAUUCUGCAAUGUAGACAAUGUGAUAGAUGGAUGCAUGCAGUUCGUCAGAACUUAAAUACUGAGGAAGAAGUGGAAAAUGUAGCAGACAUUGGUUUUGAUUGUAACAUGUGCAGACCCUAUAUGCCUGCGUCUAAUGUGCCUUCCUCAGACUGCUGUGGAUCUUCACUUGUAGCACAAAUUGUCACAAAAGUAAAAGAGCUAGACCCACCCAAGACUUAUACCCAGGAUGGUGUGUGUUUGACUGAAUCAGGGAUGACUCAGUUACAGAGCCUCACAGUUGCAGUUCCAAGAAGAAAACUGUCAAAACCAAAACUGAAAUUGAAGAUUAUAAAUCAGAAGAGCGUGGCCAUCCUUCAGACCCCUCCAGACAUCCAAUCAGAACAUUCAAGGGAUGGUGAUAUGGAUGAUAGUCGAGAAGGAGAACUUAUGGAUUGUGAUGGAAAAUCAGAAUCUAGUCCUGAGCGGGAAGCUGUGGAUGAUGAAACUAAGGGAGUGGAAGGAACAGAUGGUGUCAAAAAGAGAAAAAGGAAACCAUACAGACCAGGUAUUGGUGGAUUUAUGGUGCGGCAAAGAAGUCGAACUGGGCAAGGGAAAACCAAAAGAUCUGUGAUCAGAAAAGAUUCCUCAGGCUCUGUUUCUGAGCAGUUACCUUGCAGAGAUGAUGAGAAUGUUGGACCGACGACACAAGACCUCAGACUUGUGUUAUUCUAGCAGCUGAACACACCCCAGGCUCUUCUGACCGGCAGUGGCUCUGGAAGCAGUCUGGUCUAUAGAGUUAUGGAUUCACUACCAGAUUCUACUGUAUGCUCUGACAACUAUGACCACAAUGGUCCACCCACAAAUGAAUUAUCAGGAGUGAACCCAGAGGCACGUAUGAAUGAAAGGUGAG